AUGUCAGCUGCCGACCGAAGAACGUCGGCCUCGCACCGCCAGAGGGUCCCUCGUACCAGCGCUCAACCUGACGCCUCCUCGCAAAGAAGCGCCCAUGUCCGUCUCGAAUCCCAUCAACACGAAUCUCGCUCCACCACCGUCACCCGCGUCCGAAGCGUCCACAAACCCGCAACACACUCUUCUCAGCCUAGCAGGUCGGGACACUCCGAGUCUGCCUCCAGAGAUGUCGACCGUCCUCCUGCUUGGGACCCUCAGGCUUCCCUGAUCCCUCAUACCUCUGCUCCUCUGGCUUCUCGCAUCUCCGUCCCACCCCUAGCCGCCCAUGCGCCAUCUGCUCUCCAGCCCGAGCCCUUGUCUUCCAUGACCCUCGAUGCCCAAGAGAAUGCCAUAAUCCAGGAUCUGCUGUUCGUCUUCAUGGGCUUUGAGGGCCAAUACGUCCGCUACACCGAUGCCUACCAACCGUCCGAGGAAAAGAGCCGCCUUGCUGGUCCCCAAUUCCGUGUCUUACCUGGUCUGGAUCCGAGUUUGAGAGAUCUGACUAUCUCUAUGCUGAGGAUGGCUUCACACUACGCUGCUGUUGAAGCCUUUGUCGAGGUACAAAGCCGAGAGGAAUUUGGCGCCGUCAAUCACGCCCUCUGCGCCGCCAUGAGGAAGCUGCUCAAGGACUACCUGAUUCUCAUCGCACAACUGGAGCAUCAAAUGUUGACCAACCAAUCUUUUACUCUCCACGUCCUCAAUCUCCAUACCAAACCCACCAGUCAUAUGAUGUUUCAAUUGUACAGCCUGGCUCAUGAACUCUUAAAGGAGAACUCCAUGCUCGAGGAAGAUGAUGAUGACGACCUUGACGAAUCUGAUGACUUUGAGAACAUCUUGGAGUCUUUGCGAGAAGGUAGAGAUGCUGGCAAUGUCGGGCGCAAAGUGUGCAAGGGAGGUAGUGUUUUGCGCCUGAUCACAAAGCGACUGGCCACCAUGUCUGGUGAUCCCGCUGCUCGGACUCUACUCACCACUCUGUUGCGGGAAUCAUCGAGGCCUUACAUGUCCAUGUUGAAUGAGUGGCUCCAUCAUGGAAACGUUCGUGACCCACAUUCCGAGUUUCUAAUCAAGGAGCAGAAGAGCAUUCGCCGAGAAGGUCUGGAACAGGACUAUACCGAUGAAUACUGGGAGAAACGAUAUACCAUCCGCCACGAAGACGUGCCUCCCCAACUCGAGUCUGUAAAGGACAAAGUCCUGUUGGCUGGUAAAUAUCUGAAUGUCGUCAGAGAAUGUGGCGGCGUAGAUGUAUCAAGAGACAUGGACGACCAAGUUCCUCAUACCUUCGACGAUGUUCGCUUCCUCGACAACGCCAAUUCUGCAUAUGCCUUUGCCAAUUCUUCGCUUCUCACCCUCCUCCUGACCACCCAUGCUCUCCCUGCGCGUCUCCGCAGCUUGAAACAUUAUUUCUUCUUGGACCGAUCAGACUUCUUCUCUUACUUCCUCGAACUCGGUCACUCGGAGCUUAAGAAGCCUGCCAAAUCUGUUAAUGUCGGAAAACUGCAGUCGCUUCUUGACAUUGUGUUGCGACAGCCUGGAAGUGUCGCAGCCGAGGAUCCUUUCAAGGAAGAUGUCAAGGUUGUCAUGAACGAAGUUGGCUUGACUGGAUGGUUGAUGCAGGUCGUCAACGUCAAAGGCCUAGAUGCUGAUGGUGGUAGUAUCACGGCCUACACACCAGCAGCCAGCGUUAUCGGCGAUGAAAAGGACAUCACCGGUUUUGAUGCCCUUACUUUCGACUAUGCCGUCCCGUUCCCUCUUUCGCUGGUCGUCUCGAGGGUGACGUUGACCAGAUAUCAGCUGCUCUUCCGUUACAUUCUUUCAUUGCGCCAUUUGGAACAGCUGCUGGUGAGCUCAUGGGUUGAUCACUCCAAAGUCACGAGCUGGCGCCAUAAAAGCUCUGAUCGACGACACGAAGACUGGAAAAGAAGAGCGUGGUGCUUGCGGAGUCGUAUGCUUUGUUUCGUUCAGCAGUUGCUAUACUUUUGCACGAGCGAAGUGAUAGAGCCCAACUGGACAGCAUUCAUGACUCGAUUGAGCGAGGCAGAGGCACCGGAGAGUGUUGCUGAAGGUGGCAAGGUCAAGCGCACUGUUGAUGAGCUGAUGCAAGAUCAUGUCGACUUCUUGGCUACCUGUCUCAAGGAGUGCAUGUUAACCAACUCGAAGCUUCUAAGGAUUAAUUCCAAGGUCAUGGCUACCUGCACAAUGUUCGCAAACUACACUGCUUCUCUGUCACGCAAACUUGCCGUAAGCGACCCAGACCUCGCUAAAACCGAGGCUGGCAAGUCAGAGCACGACCCACACAGUCUAGAAAAGCUCGAUGACAUCCUUAAACGCUUCGAAGACAACUUCACAAGACAUCUGAAGAUCUUACUAGACGCGCUGAACUACCUUGCUGCCACAGAGACGGUCGUCUUCCUCGGACUUUGUGCCAGACUCAGCAUGGCCAACGAGAACGUUUCCGGUCCUAUUGCUUCUGUGCCUCCUUAUGGAUGA